AUGAAAAUAUUUAAAAGGAAGAAAACGAUAGAAGGAAGAACAAAUUUUGAUAAGGUUCAUAAUGUACAAAUAUAUGGAGAAAAUCAAAUACAUUGUAAUGGGUCCUUGAUAUCAGGACCCGCCUUUUUAACAGUGGUAUCAUCCUUUCUUAUGAUAUUCAUCCCUGUAGCUAUUUUUCAUAUCUUUACAUCAACGUGGUUAUUUGAAAAAGAAAUAUAUUAUGUUUCUAUUGUCAACUUAUUUUUUUUUAUCCUAACUAUAUACACAUUUUUGAGAACAAGUUUUAUGGAUCCUGGUAUAAUACCAAGACAAAAAUCUGUGUUGAAUUUGUACGAUGUAAUUGUGGAACAAUAUAGAGAAACACAGCCACCCAGACAAAAGGAGCUAUUGAUAAAUGGGAAUUUUUAUAAGUUAAAAUAUUGUUAUACAUGUAAUAUAUAUAGAGGUAUAAGGACUGUUCAUUGUUCCAUUUGUGAUAAUUGUGUUGAAAAAUUUGAUCACCAUUGCCCAUGGGUUGGGAAUUGUAUUGGUGCACGAAAUUACAAAUAUUUUGUUUAUUUCGUUUUUAAUUUAUAUGUUUUGAUAUGCAUUACAUUAAGUGCUAGUAUUUAUAAAUUAGUUGUGUGUGUAAAUUUGUUAUCAAAGGAAGGAUAUAAUUCAGAAAAGAUUUUUAUACACAUAUGGAGAUUUGCUUCUGAUAGUAUAAUAUUAAUUAUAUAUACUAUUUUAACAUUAUGGUUUGUUGUAGGUUUAUUAUGUUAUCAUAUAUAUACUAUUGUAACAAAUCAAACAACAUACGAACAAAUAAAAACUUUUUAUCAAAAUGAUAAUCCAUUUAAUAUUGGAGUAUUAAAUAAUAUUAAAGAAAUAUUAUUUACCAAAACUAGACCAUCUUAUAUAAAUUUUGUGAACCCUAAAUUACAAAUUAUUGAUGAAAAUUCUUAUCAUAAUAUUUUAUUAUUAAGUGAUAAGGGAGUUUCUAUAUGUGAAGGGAAUGAUACGGAUGAUAAUAACUCAUUUUAUAAUAUUAGUAAUGAAAUAAAUUAUAAAAAGAAAACUUUUAAGAAACCAAUUAAAUUAAUUAAUACACAUGAUUUUAUGUCAAAGGAUUAUCGUCUAAAUUUAUUUGAUAAUAAAAUUAAACAUAAUAAAUCUAAUCAUAUGAAAAAAAAUAAAAAUAAAAUUAAUAAAAAAAAAAAAGAUCUUAACGAAAAAAAAAAAAAAAAAGAUAUUAAUGAAAAAAAGAAAAAAGAUAUUAAUGAAAAAUAUAAUAAUACAUCUAAUAAAGCAAUAGGAAAAUCAACUCAUUAUCUUAAAAUAGAUAAAAAUUUUAGCUAUUCAAAAAUUAAAUUACCAAAGGUAAGAAAAGAUAGUGAUAGUGAAAAUGUAAUAUGUGAUAUUGAGGAAACAAAUCUGGUACCUUUAAAGAGGGUUAUUCAUUUGAAUGAAAAUUUAGGAUUACCCAUGUUUAUGAAGGAUCUAAGUAGGAAUGAAAAUAUUAAUAGAAGUGGAAGUAAAAGUAAAGAUAAAAGUAAAAGUAUAGGUGAAAAAGAAAAUAUAGGUAAAGAGGAAAGUUAUUGUAAUAUACAUAGCAAGAAUAAAUCAUAUUAUAUACAUAACAAUGAUAAUAAUAAAGAUAAGAAUAAUAUUUAUAAUAAUAUGUAUCAUGAUAAUUAUUAUAAUGAUCAUAUGUAUAAUUGUAAUAACUCUACCUUUACUACAAAAACAAAUGAACCAUCUAUAGAUAUGAACAAUGAAAGCAUAGGAAGUUAUAUAAUGGAAAACGAAAUAAAUCAUGAUCUCUGUGAUUUUAGGGUUCACGAUCUUAUGGGUAUUCAUCAAAAACGAAUGAAAGAUAAUAAUUAUAUUAUUGUUAUAAAAAAUUGGAAAGAAGAAAAUGAAAAUUAUAAAAAUAAAAUUAAAAAAAAUAAUAACACUUAUAAUGAUAGUGAUGAUAAUAAGGAUGGUAAUAAUAAGAGGGAUCAUAUUCAUAAUAAUAAUAUUCAUAAUAAUGAAUAUAAUAGUUAUGAUAAUAAUCCUAGUUAUAAUUAUUAUAUUAAUCAUAAUGAUGAAAAUGGAUAUAAAAAACAUAAUGUAGAAAAAACUAACCAAUCUGGUAAUAUUCAUCAAAACAAAAAUAUUAUGACUUAUGGUUAUAAUAAAAUAAAAUGUUUUAAUAAAAUUAUUCAUGCACAUAAUAAAAUUAAACACUCAUUUUUUUAUAAUAAAAAAGGGUUUUCCUUUAUUCAAAAUUUAAAAAAUAAAAAGGAGACAUAUUAUGUUGUCAAAUAUUCAAAUGAAAGGGAUGAACAAAUCAAUGAAGAAGCAAUAUUAAAAAAAAAUAAAAAGGAUAAAAUGAGAAACGAUGAAAUGUUACAAGGAAAAGAUAUAAAAGAUGAUCAAGAAGAAAUAUAUUAUUAUAAUGAAGAAAAAUAUAAUAAUGAUGAAAAGAAAUAUUAUAAUGAUGAAAAGAAAUAUUAUAAUGAUGAAAAGAAAUAUUAUAAUGACGAAGUAAAAUAUCAUAAUGAUGAAGAGAAAUAUAUAAAUCACGAAGUAAAACAUCAUAAUGAUGAUGAUCAUUAUUAUGAAAAUAUUGAAAAUAUUCAUAAAUUAAAAUAUCUAAAUAAAUUUUUAUACGAUGAAAAUAAAAAUGAACUUAAAAAAUAUAAACAGAAUAAUAUAUAUUGUAAAAACAUUUUUACUAAAAAUUUUUUUUGUGAAUGUAUGGAUGAAUGUUGUUGUAACGGUGGUUAUGAAAAUGAGUUAAAAAAAGAAUGCAUUUAUAAUAAGUCGUCACUUAGUGAUAAUACUAGUAUGGAUUCUCACGUUAUGAAGGUGAAAAGGAAAAAGAAAAGUAAUUAUAAGGAGAAAACAAAAAAAAUAAACGAUGAUGAUAAUCAUAAUGAUGGUGAUAAGGGAUUGAAAAAUGAUACUAGUAAAAAAAAUAAAAAAGAAAAACAAACAAAUAGACAUACUGAAACUCAGAACAAUAAAGAACUUAAUCAACAUGUUCAAAUUAUUCCUGAUGAUGAGUAUAUCCAAUAUAUUAAAUAUAUUGAUGAUAUGAAAAAGAAAGAUAGUUCUUUGUCUCAUCCUAAUGAUGUAAUUAUUAAUAUAUAUAGGAAUAAAUACGAUGAAAGGAAAAAGAAAAAAAAAAUUAAGUUUAUUUUAAAUAUAAGUAGAAAAAAAAAAAAAAAAAAAUUAUCAAGCAAUAAUAAUAUUUACCAUAAUAGUUUUAAUAAUAAUAGUAAUAAUAAUUUGUUAAAAAAAAAAGAAGAAAGAAGGAAACGAAAAUAUAAAAAGCUUUAUAGAAUUUCGCAACUACUAAAAAGAAGAAAAAAGAAAAGUGAAUUUUAUAACCUUAGUAAAUUAUAUUAUUUGGAUAGUAGAAAAUUGUAUAAAUGGAAAUAUAAAAAUCAUUUAUUAAGACAAAAAAUUAAAUUAUUAUCUAAAUCAAAUGAAAAUAUACAUUUGUGUUAUAAUAACAAAGAUUAUUCAAAUUAUGAAAAUUAUAAUUUUAGUAAUGAUAAUAUCUUAAACAAGAAAAAUGAUAUUAAUAUAUUUAAUAAAAAAUUGAAAUAUCUAUCCAAAUAUGAUAAAAUGAAGUUAAUCAAUUAUUUAAUUUAUAAACAUAAACAAGAUAAAAUGCGUUCAGAUUUAAAAAAGAAAAGCACAGCAUCCAAAAUUUUUUAUUUCUUUACAUCCUUUGCUCUAAUAAUUAAUUGUAUACAUAUACCACCUAAUAAUGAUAAUGACUGA